CCUCUUGCAUGAGAGAAUUGCAGUAGCUAGAGCUAGACACCGUACGAUGGUUUGGUAGGUACACAUUUUCUGCUCGAUCGGUGAAAGUAAAGAUUUUCCAAGUGAUAUCAUCAUCAAACAGAGAGAAGAAAAAACCAUUUUCAAGGUUCUGUUCCUGGUGAUUCGUUGUUCGUUCAGUGAUCGUUGGAUGUUUACAGUUGUUCUCGCCAGCGUGGUUAUUGGUGACUUAAAAUCCACUCACUGUGUUGUUGAUACCGAUUCGGAAGAAAAGGUGAGACGACAGAGAAAGAACCCAAGGCAAAUCGAUUUUGCUCGGGCGUAGAAGAGAAACUACUGCGUCUCGGAGAAAGAUUUCCUUCAUUGUUCAGAGUGCUAGAUUGCUUUUCUGGCCAACCAGCCAUCCAGCCAGCCACAAACGACACGGGACACGAAUAGGAAUGAAAAUCUGCGUAAUUGGAGCAGGGGUCGUUGGGCUGACCAGUGCCCUCGAACUGCAGCGGGAAUUUCGCAAUGCAAGCAUCACCAUUUUGGCCGAUCGGUUCGAACAGGACACGUGCAGUGACGUGGCAGCCGGGCUGUUUCGCCCUGGGACGAGCUUUUCGGGGCCGACCGAGAAAAUCACCAGGAAAUGGAUAUCGGACGCAUAUUUGUACUGGGACGCAAUUCGUCGAACGGAGGAAGCAUCCGAUGCGGGUGUGACCCAGCUUUCCGGAUACAUUUUUUCCAGCACCGAACCGGGCAUCGUCAGGAAUCACUACAUCGAGAAAAUUGUCCCCGUUUACCGGGCUGCCACCGAACAGGAACUUCAAAUCUGCCCAGGGGACUGGAAGUACGGAUCAUAUUUUAGAACAAUCUUAACCGAGUGUCGCCUGUUUCAACCCUGGGCAACCCGUAAAUUUCUCAAUGGCGGAGGCCAAAUCGUGACGGAAAAGGUCGAUAAUCUUCGAGAUCUGGCCGGGAGGAAUUUCGACAUUAUCGUCAACUGUACCGGAAUGGGCGCGAAAAAGCUGUGUGCUGACCACAAGCUGGUGCCCAUUCGUGGCCAGGUCAUCAAGGUGAAAGCCCCCUGGGUGAAGAUGGCUUUCUACGCCGAUUACGAUACGUACAUCAUUCCCGGAUUCCAGGGAGUGACCCUGGGAGGAUGUAGGAAUUUCGAUAGCUACAAUUCACAACCAUGCAAACACGAUUCUGCCGCCAUAAGGGAACGAUGUGAAGCAUUGUUGCCCAGCUUGAAAGGGUCGCCAGUGAUAAGGGAGGCGGUUGGACUGAGACCUCAUCGUGACCCAGUCCGGGUUGAGCUUGAAUUUUUGGAAACUGAGACCGGUCGAUUGAAGGUGGUUCACAACUAUGGACAUGGGGGAUACGGAGUGACUACGGCUCCGGGAACCGCGAUCUACGCUACUCAACUUGUAAGAGAUGCUUUGAAAAGUAACAGUAAAUUAUAAAUUUC